AUGGAUACAAAGUCAGGUAUAGUUUUAGGCAUGACUGGAUCAUAUAAUUCUAAUUCAGUACCACAAUUAAAUGUUAUUCAAUCUUCAAUUUCAUUUAUUCAAAAAGCAAUCGAUGUAUUAGAUAUAGUUCCUUCGUUUUUUCCAAUAAUGAUUGCUGAUUUUGGUUCAUCACAUGGUGCUAAUUCAAACUAUGCAAUGAAAAUAAUUAUCAAUUAUAUAAAACAAAUAAAACAAACUAAUCAAUCCUUUUUAAUUAUUCAUAAUGAUUUACCAACAAAUGAUUGGAUAUCACUAUUUGAUAGUUUAAAUGAAGAUAAAACUUAUUUCGGUUUAGCUAAUGGUCGUUCUUUUUAUGAGCAAUGUCUUCCAACAAAUUCAUUAACUAUUGCUUAUUCAUCAAUGUCUAUUCAUUGGCUUUCUCAUAAACCAUGUAAUCUAUCAAAUCAUUGUUUACCUCGUUUCGCUCAAGGAGCAGAACUGAUUACAUUUAAAACUCAAGCUGCAAAUGAUUAUGCACAAUUUUUAGAAAACCGUUCUCGUGAAUUGAUGAGGGGUGGCGUUCUCAUUCUUUCUAUUCUUUCUGCAGAUAAAGAAGGUAAAACUCUGGCACACAACGUAAAUAAUCAUCUAUAUAAAUGUGCUCAAUUAAUUCCAUUAAAUGAACAAGAAUUACUUGAUUAUACAAUUCCACUGUAUCAUCGUACGUACGAAGAAUGUCUUAAUGAAGAACUUUUUAAACGAUGUUCAUUACAGCUCAUUGAAUCUGAUUUUCAUAUUGUUGAAUCAAAAUUCGAUCAAGAAUUUCAACAAGGAAAAAUAACACUAGAAGAAUUUCUACAGAUGCACAUUGGCUAUCAACGUUCUUGGGGCGAAUCAAUAUUAAGACAAGCACUAGAAAUGAAUGAAAAAUGUUCAAAAGAAGAAAUUGAUCAAGUUUUAGAUCGAUUCUGGUCAAUAUACAAGGAUGGAAUGAAAGAAAAUUCAAAAGAAUAUAAGACUGGAUAUUACCAAACAUAUUUGGUAUUGAAAAAACUUUAA